UUCUCUGCUCCCGCUCUGCGCUCGCUCGCCUCGCCUGCUUAGCCCGAGGCUGAGCCUCCUCCUCCUCCUUCUCCUCCUCUUUCUCCUCCUCCUCCUCCUCCUCCUCCUCGCCAGCCCGCCCGCCCCCCUCAGUCUGUUGUCUUCUUCGGCUCUGGACCAGUGUCGGGAAGUUUCCCGGGCUCCGCAGAGUCCAGAUGUGUGACCUGAUUGAGUCUCAGCCGGCGGAGAAGAUCAGCAAGAUGAAGAAGUUGCGCCGAACUUUGUCAGAGAGUUUCAGCCGGAUAGCUUUGAAGAAAGAGGACAGCAGCUUUGAUGAGAUAUGUGUCACAAAGAUGUCUACACGGAACUGCCCGGGAGUGGACUCAGUAAUCAAACCCCUGGACACAAUUCCUGAGGACAAGAAAGUCCGGGUUCAGAGGACACAAAGCACUUUCGACCCCUUCGAGAAACCUGCCACUCAAGUGAAGAGGGUCCAUUCUGAGAAUAAUGCUUGCAUUAACUUCAAAUCCUCCUCCAGUGGGAAGGAAUCUCCUAAAGUCCGCCGACAUUCUAGCCCCAGCUCUCCCACAAGCCCCAAAUUUGGAAAAGCUGACUCUUACGAAAAACUGGAGAAACUGGGAGAAGGGUCUUAUGCUACCGUGUACAAAGGAAAAAGCAAGGUAAAUGGGAAACUUGUGGCUCUGAAGGUGAUCCGGCUCCAAGAGGAAGAAGGCACUCCCUUCACAGCGAUCCGGGAAGCCUCUCUGUUAAAGGGACUAAAGCAUGCCAAUAUAGUAUUACUUCAUGACAUCAUCCACACUAAGGAGACAUUGACACUUGUGUUUGAAUAUGUGCACACUGAUUUAUGUCAGUACAUGGACAAACACCCCGGAGGGCUUCAUCCAGACAAUGUGAAGUUGUUUUUAUUUCAGUUGCUGCGAGGACUGUCUUACAUCCACCAGCGUUAUAUUUUGCACAGAGACCUGAAGCCACAGAAUCUUCUCAUCAGUGACACGGGGGAGUUAAAGCUGGCAGAUUUUGGUCUUGCAAGAGCAAAAUCGGUCCCUAGCCACACAUACUCCAAUGAAGUGGUUACUCUGUGGUACAGACCUCCUGAUGUCCUCUUGGGCUCAACAGAAUACUCCACCUGCCUUGACAUGUGGGGAGUCGGCUGCAUCUUUGUUGAAAUGAUUCAAGGAGUUGCUGCUUUUCCAGGAAUGAAAGACAUUCAGGAUCAACUUGAACGAAUAUUUCUGGUUCUUGGAACGCCCAAUGAGGAUACUUGGCCAGGAGUGUCUUCUUUACCACAUUUUAAGCCGGAACGCUUCACCCUGUACAGCUCUAAAAACCUUAGACAAGCAUGGAAUAAGCUCAGCUAUGUGAACCAUGCAGAGGAUCUGGCCUCCAAACUACUCCAGUGUUUCCCAAAGAACAGAUUGUCUGCCCCAGCAGCCCUGAACCAUGAGUAUUUCAGUGAUCUGCCCCCCCGGCUAUGGGGGCUAACUGAUAUGUCUUCUGUUUUUACUGUCCCAAAUGUAAGAUUACAACCAGAAGUUGGAGAAAGUAUGCGGGCCUUUGGAAAAAACAAUAGUUAUGGCAAAAGUCUAUCAAAUAGCAAGCACUGAAGAACACAUGGUUGCCGAAGGGAUUGCAGGAUUAAGUUGUCAUCAUUCUGGGGAGAAGAAAAUCUAAUGAAGAGGCCAAUAAUAUGAAGUGAAUCAUGGUUCAGUUUCCUUUCUCUCUCCCUAUGGUGGAUUUUAUUCAGAAGAAAAUUGAAGCUGGCAAAACCCUAUUUUCCCUGCAAUUUAUUUAAAACCUUGCACGCCUUCGGAUACCUUGUGAUUUCAGAGAACUAUGUGAAGAUUAAGCUUUGCUUACUGAUACAUGGCAUGUAUUCUUCCCAGUCUUUUGUGUUGGAUUUUGUUUGAUUUUCCACUGCAGCGCGGCAUCGUUGUAAAGGUUUUUAUGCUUUCACCAGCAAGGUCUUAAAUACAUUAAGACAACACAUUUGGUGUUCACACUUCUCCAGUAAUGUCUGUACAUAAAAGCCACAGAGUGGCAUAAAAGAAUGUGUGUUUUCUUUGAGAAUAGUUCAACCAGUAGGAAGGCCAUUUUUAGCUAGAGCAAACCCAUAUUCUCUGACUGACUGACAAGGACAGUCCCUGGCCACAAUGCCAUCAAUGUUUUAUUUACUUCUUGAGAAUCUUUGCAUAUAGGUUUGAUUUUUUUUUUGAUCCAUGGAAAUAAUUGCACAUUUAUUUAGCACAUCAGAAUUUGGUUCCUGUUCUUAAAUUUCAUAGCAUGCCAGUCAUCAGAAUAGAUUGAAAAUGAGACCAGGGCUGGGGUUUGGGUAGGGGAAGGGAACAGGGAAACAAGAUAUAUGAACAAAGACAGUAGUUACUUAAUUAAUUGGUUCAUUGCUAUUUGGCCUUCAGAGAUCAACGUAACUUUUUUGGUUUCAUGGAUAUUGUCUACACUUGGUUUUUCCCACAUUGUCUCAUCUUUGGGGUCUUUCCUAAAGGAAAAAAAAAGUUUAUGACUAGAGUGUGGAAGAACUAUAUUUGCUGAAUGAGCCAUUAAAGCACUAACUUUGCUUGUUAGCUUUAGGAAAAAAAAAAAAAAACAGCAUGUAAAGCUGUCCACAGGGAAGUUUGCUUUCUUGAAUUCAAAGACCUUCCAGUUCCAUUUUGUCUUCAUUUCAACGUGAUUGGAAGAAGCCACACUGCACACCCAUCAGACUAGCUUCCCAAACAAACUUCGCACAUUUUAAAAAUGAUGCAAUAGCAUCAUUUAGAAAGAGGGCCCCAGCUGCCCUUGUUUGAGAACAUGAGGGAAGCUUGGGAAAGGAGAAGAAGAUGUAAAAUCAGAAGCCAAAGGGAGCUAGAAGCGGCUGAUUUUCUUGGAUCUGGAAUGAAUGGUGCCUGAAUUCAAGAAAACUAGGAGUGCUGUGGAGCUCACUGUUGCAUUGUAAACACAGAGCCCAAGGAAUACUUCAUUCACAUCCCCAGGACACAACUUCCCAUGGAAACACCAGACUGUACGUUGGCUCAGUCUUACUAUUUCCCUCUCGGUUUUCCAUUUAUUAUGGCUACAAUGAGAGAAGUCUAGCCCAGUUGACCAGUACUCAAUCUUAGAGAGCUUUUUUCUUUCCCCUGUGUUCAGAACACAGCAGAGCAAGGAAGCUGAAUGCCAAGAUUCACAGGUCUUAGAAUUAUAUGCCUUGUAGAAUGUGAUGUCACUGCUUAAACAUAUUCACAUGAUGGGUGCUCUGAGGAUUUGGUGCUCUGAGGAUUCAGCAUUGAUUUUUAAUUGUGUAGCACCUGCUAAACCAGGUAGUCUUUGCUAUUUGACAUUUAAGGAAAGCAAAACAUUUGCCCAAUGAGAAAAUGUUCACUAUUUGCUCCCACAUCUGUCCCAUUCUGUUAUCAUACAUUCAUACCAAAUUCAAGGUAUUUUGAGGCAUUUUGAGCCUUUGAAACAUUUUGUUUUAAAACUAAUUGAUAUUAGAAUUUUUUAAAAGGAAAUUACACUCUCAGUCUCCAACACCCUUUUCAUGGGUUUGUUCCAAAGCUUCAUGUUUCCAUUUGGGUGAGAGGCAGAUCUUCAUCCUGUGGUUAGAAUUUACUCUUUUAAAAGUUUUAAAGUUGUUAGCAGGAGGGAGAAGGAAACCAUGAAAACAUUUACUAUAAUGAAGGUUCAGAUUAGGAACAAGGAGGCCAUUCCAUAGGCCAUCACUUGUUCAAUGACAAGUUCUCUAGGAAAGCCAGAAAACAUAUUUGUACUACGCAAUGAAGAAAUCUGCUGGUCUGACUUAUAAAUGAACUGCUGAGGGAGUUAGUUGCCUUUCAGGGAGGCUUAUAGGCCUUCUACUUUGCCAUCCAUGGUUUAUAGCCAAAGAUUUGGCUGACUCUCUCUUCCAUUCUCCUUCACAUUCCCUUCUCCUUUUCUCCCCUUCUUGUUUAAAUUAGCCCUGGAAAUCAUGUUCCAUUUAUUCUUCAGUCGAAGAAGCACUAGAAUGUUGGGCAAGUUUAUUUUCCUAUAAAAGAAUAACUUGAAAUCAAAGAGCUAGGGUAGUUAGAAGGCUUAAGCACUGUGAUUGUAUCAACAUUACAUCACUGCUGAGACUUCUGAAUUGGGGCUUGGGAUUUGAUUUCCAUUUUCUUUUUAAAAGAAAUAUUCUGGUUAGCAAUACAUCUGCACACAGAACAGGAAAACUUUCCUCUGUAAAGGAAAGGUCUGCAAAACUUACCAAGGGAGGUGGAGGGAAGACGGCUGUCAAUCCACCGAUAGGAAGGGUGAGAGAUAUUUCUACCUCCCAUGAGUGAUAAGAGAAGGUUUGAGGGGGUGACGUUUCCCCUAGGCAUUGGUAAAGGACGCGGGCCUCUUGGCAUUCUCCGUAUGCACAUGACUGAAAGUAUAGUCCACAUUCUAUGUUAUGCUUCUUUACUAAAUACUUAUUUGUGAAUAUUUUUGAUUUUAUAAUCUCUGUUACUUAAGAUGUGUAGGCUGUACAUACUCGGGUAGAAGGCUGGCACCCCUUUGAAAUAGAAAUGUGCUGCUUCAUCACACCGAAGCCUCUUUCCUGUAUGGUGGGUGACGGUAACCUUGUUUGUCACCAUUUUGUAAUUUUCACACACACACACACACACACACACACACACACAUACACACACACAAAUAAAAUAAAAUAAAAUAAAAUAAAAUAAGCAAUGUUCCCCUACCCCCACCCAAGGAUAUUUUUAGUGGCACAUAGAAGAUCUAUGUUCUCUAGCUAGAAAUGUUUUUUGUUGGUUUUUUGUUUGUUUGUUUUUUUAACUUUUAGUUUUUGGAUGAUACACUAUGCUGUGUAUUUUGUAAAAGGGCAAAUGGGCACAAGAUGAAGGCGGUCGUGUCAUUCAGGAAAAAAAAAAGUACAAUUUCUUCACAAUGACAGCCUCGUAAGCAGAAUGGUAUAUAAUACAUGUUGCAUUAGUUGUUACAACUUGUACUUUGUCUGUAUUAUGAGCGAUGUAAUGGUUUGUCAGCUGUAACUGUUGUUUUCUUGUAACAUGAUAUGGAAUAAAGUGUAGCCAAAUCUCCCUA